AUGAGGCUGCCUUUGACAGAUAUCGUAACUGGGCUCGAAUCGUCCGCAACAUAUCUGCUGUGGACACUACCACGACGACAUGGGGAAGUAAGGUACUGUUCCCAUUUGGAUUCUCGCCUGCAGCGAUGCGUCGACUGGCCCACCCGUGGAGAAGUCGGCACGUCAAAGGCUUGUGCGGCGUUGAAUAUCGUCAUGGGUCUCAGCGCGUACUCCAAUGACUCGGUGGAAGAUGUCAUAAAGCAGACUGAGGGAAUGACGAAUCCAUAUGCCAUGCAGCUCAGUCUGUUGAAGAGUCAACGUCUGACAGGGGCGGUUGCCGCAAAGCGCCAAGAGUUGGGUAUAAUGCCCAUUCUGCUACCAGUAGACGCUCCAUUGCCGGGCGGCGUCUGA